AUGGCCGCCGGCGGGAGCCGCGCCGUCCUGGGGCUGUGGCUGCUGGCGGCGGGGCUGUGCGGCGCGGUGGCGGCGGGCAGGUCCCCCAGCUGCCACGAAGUGCGGACGGCGUUCCAGCUGCGGCAGAUCGGGCCCCUCAAGCUGGUCCCCGACGUGCCCACGGCCGAGUCAGAUUUACAGAUCUGCCAACACAGAGCACCAACAUGUUGCACCAAAAAGAUGGAAGAAAGCUACCAGGCAGCUGUUCGGAGGGAGAGGGCUCAGAGCAUCCAGGCCCUGAACUUUGAGCUGAAGUACAUGAUUGUUGGUCACAUCACAGCUUUUCAAGAGGCCUUUGAGUCUUUGCUUCGUUUUGCUGAGAACCACACAAGUUCCCUGUUUGAGAGAGCUUACAGACCUAUGGCUAAAGAAGCAGCAGAGCCCGUUAAGGAGCUUUUUACAGACAUCUCUCUCUACAUUCUGGGCGCAGAGACCACCGUGGAAAGUGCAGUUCUGCGGUUCUUUGACAGCCUCUUUCCUCUGGUGUACAGCCGGCUCAUAAACCCAGGGAUUACAGAUCUGUCAGAGGACUACACGGAGUGUCUGCGGCUUACAAGGCAAGACAUCAAUCCUUUUGGACACUAUUCUAAAAACAUGGUUACAGAGCUGUCCAAAUCUCUUUGGGCCAGCAGGAUGCUGAGCCGGGCCCUGAGCCUGGGCAUCGAGGUGAUCAACAGCACGGAGCACGCGGCUCUGAGCAAGGAGUGCAGCAGGGCGCUGGUGAGGAUGCAGUACUGCCCGCACUGCCAGGGGCUGACCCUCAUCAGGCCCUGCGUGGGAUACUGCCUCAAUGUCAUGAGGGGCUGCCUGGCCAGCGUGGCAGAGCUGGAUGCUCCGUGGAGGGAGUUCAUCUCCACGCUGGAAUACCUGACUAAUGAAAUGGCAGCCUCGCAGGAGCUGGAAAGGGCCCUGGCGGGGAUCUGGAGCUCCAUCAACGAGGCCAUCCUGCACGCACAGCUCAAUGGACCGCAGCUCUCCGCCACGGUUGAUAAAGUGUGUGGACAGCCCAAACAGCAAGAAGGGAACCUGUCAUCAGCCAGUAUUGUGCCAGUGAAGGAGGUGACUGGAGCCCAGACAUUUGUGAUGGCUCACACCAGCCUGAGCAGCAGGAGAAGUUCUCUGCCUCUGAAAGCUUCAAAGAAUGACAAAUCAAGAAGUUUGAAAAAAAUCUCUCGAGAGUUCAUCAAUUACAUGAAGAGGUCCAGAACCUUCUAUGCCUCCAUAGCAGAAAGGCUUUGUGAUGGAGACCUGGUGAUGAGAGACAGCUCAACCUGCUGGAAUGGAGAGGAUGUUGUGGAAAGUUAUACCAGCAGAGUUGUUUCCAAUGGACUGAAGGCACAAAUUAAUAAUCCAGAACUGAAAGUCAGAGGAUUGGACCCACUCAUCAAAAAUUUAAUUGAUAAACUUCAGCACUUUAAUCAAGUGGAUGCUGAGAAGGCCAAGUUGAAGCUGGAGAGAUGGGGUCCCCGGGAUGCUGGCAGUGGGGCUGGAAGGAGUGAGGAGAUGGAGUCCAGUGGAGACUGUGAUGAUGAGGAUGGCUGCCAAGGAUCUGGGGACAGGAUGCACACAGCAGAUAUACUCAAGGACAAGAAAACCCAUGCAGAAAACAGAAAUGAACCAAAACCAACCGUGAAAAAGAUUGACACCACAACCACCACAAGCACUGUCAAGUCAUCCUCCAAGCACAGCGUGACUGGCACUGGGAGCAGCCCAGCCCUCAGCCCCUCCCUUGCUCUUCUGGCAGCACUAGCAGCUCUGUGGCACUGUCCCCUGUAGCUGCACUGCCCUGCAGUGCUAGUGCUCCUGCUCUGUCAUUGAUACCUGCAGCCUUACCCACUGGAAACAAAUGGAAAUGGCUCUCUAGUUGAUGUGAUUUGUUAGGAUAAAUAAGAAGUGAAAUGCUGGAGUGGGCAGAUACCAAGUGUCAUGAAGAUAGCUUUUGGCAAAGCCACCCAAGGUACAGCGAGGAUGAUCACAAGGGUCUGUGUAGCUUAAGUUAUGGGGUAGAAAUAACUGAAAACCCAGAAAUUGUCUAUGUGUGUGUUAAUGUUUUCAUCAGUUUCGUUUGCUAGAAUCUGACUGGCUGUUGUUUGUUUAAUUUUUCUGGUAAGUUAUAUGAAUGGUCAGUCUUCAAAUUCAAGGCAAUCCUUUCUUUGUUUUUUUAAGUGAGCAGCUAACAAGCUGUGCUACAGUUCAUGGAAUGUUAUGGGGUUGGGAUGGACCUUAAAGAUUAUCGAGUCCCAGCCCCCCUGCCAUGGCAGGGACCCCUCCCACCAGCCCAGGUACCAGGUUGCUCCCCUGUAGGGGGAAGUGCUCUCUACCGGCUUGAUGAAAUUCCUGAGUGGUCAAGAAGAUCAAAGCAUGUUUGAAACUUCUUUUCACUCUUAUUGUUUAGAUUGUAGGAAGCAACAUAAAAACAUAUGGUGUGUCUAAUAUAUCAGUAUAGUUGCCUUAACUGUGGAAAAAAAUAGAACCACUUUGUUUACUGAGAGACAUAGAUAGUGAGUUUCCCUGCCCCACAAAAUGUCAUUACCAGAUGCUUAAGCAUAUGCUCAAGGCUUAUUGGAUGAAUGUCCAGCAAAGGGAAACAUAAAUAAAUGUAAUAAUGUUUUAUCCACCUAAAUGCAGCUCUGUAUAGAAAAAAUAAAAAAAAACAAAAAAGAAAAAAAAGGUAAUUCAGUUCAAACUUACUUUACCUAUGAGAUGUUACAUAGAAACCAACUUAAGUUUUCCAUAAAGGUCCCAGAAAUAUAAAUUAUUGGGAACUCCCAUUAGACACUAACUAGAUUUUGUGCAUUAUGGAUCUCUGAAAUCAACUGUUUCAUAAACUGUGUAUUAUUUAAUUACAUUUAAUGUUUAAAAUUUUGUAUCACGUUAGGUGUAAAUGUAAAACAUUCUGAAAUCUAGAACAUUCUCUGUUAUGCUUCAUCUUGAUUGCUACCCUAGAAAAUGUCAAAUGUGCAUUAUAUUACAAGGCUAUUUUUCUUAAGUCAAUGAUACAUUGAUGCAUUUUAACUUUUUGGAUGAAAAAGUACUAGAAUAACUUCUAAUGGGUUAAGAGUUAAUGUGUGUUUUCCAACAACUGUUUACAGUGCCAUUGAAUAUAUGUAUACAAACACAACUGUAUGAAUACAGUGAUUAAUAUGAUAAAUAUAUGAAACAUUAGAAUUGUUAUAUUUACUAUAUUUCAUAACUAUUACAACUGUUUAAUGGCCAUUUUCAUGUUGUAGACUAUUCUUAUGUACAGUUUUGUAAGAUUUAAUGUAAAACACUUGCCUUUGGUUUUUGUAAAACAUCUCUUUGAUACUUGGCGUUACCCAGUCACUGAGAUUACUGAAGAGAAGAGCCCUGUGUCUCACUAACCAGCUUCAGGAAUUUUAUUGGCAACCUUGGCUAUAGAAGCCUGACUCAAAGGAGGUGCCAUGGCCAGGAUGACUGCUGGGUGUCACCACACAGGAGGUGACAAUAGUACAGAACAAGCAGACAGUAAGUGAACAAAGGUUUACUACACUUGCACAUUUCCAGACAGUAUCAGUGAACAUGUCUAGUUAUGUUUCCAAAGUGGGGCUUUAGUUUCAUUUCCAGUUUUGGUUCCUAGGUCAUAUUUACAACAUAAAGGUAUGAUCAGAACCGUGGAUACACCCAGCUGCAAAGGCAGCAUUUCUAAAGUGGCAGCAGCUAAAUUUUCUAAAAGAUAACUCAAUUUUAAUGUUGAAAUGAAACAAAAUGGAGAAUAUACCUACAUUAACAUCAAGUAUUUUAUAUUUUAACUCUGAUUUUUCACAACAGAAGGGUUAUUCAUAUCCCUAAGGAGUGCUUCCCAGUCCUAUCAGUGAAAAUCAGUUUCCCACAAGUAUUUAAAUGGCUGUCCUGUGUUUUCCAGGGUUUGUGAGCUGCACCAGUCUAUGGAACCAUAAUUAAAAAUGCUGCUUCUUGUAUUCAUUUUCGGUGCCCUUUGGAAAAGUUCUGUUUUACCUAUGCAGGUCCCAUCAUUUGUGCACUGGAAGAACUCUGUAAUGCCUGGCACUCUUAUGAAUCCUGCACUGUGAUGGCUGAGUCAGACAGGAACUCUCUGUGCACAAACAGAAAGGUCCCCUGGGUGCUCACACUCACCCCCUGCCCCACCAAGCUUCACUGGAGCGAUCCCUGUCUGAUGCUUGUCAGCCCAACUGCUGAUUUAGUGUUCUCACACUUACAGUGCUCAGUCAUCGUUCAGGCUCUGAAAGUGUCCAUCAGGAUUCCUAUGGAUGAGGUUUCAGGGCUGGGCUCCAAUCCUGCCAGAUGUCAGCUGUGCAGUUGGGAGUUUUUUCAGAUUUUUCUCACCUGCAGAGAGGGAACCUGAUCAGCCAGAGCCAGGUGUGUUUGUGAGGUCUGGUCUGGAAAAGAUUUAAGCAGCGAUCUCACAGCCACAUGCUCAGCUGCAGCAGAGGGAGCUGCAGAAACCCCACAGGAGGCAAGUAUGCAAUAAUUCACCCAGGGAGCUAUUUGUUGUUGUAAAUGUCAUAAUUUUGCUAAACAGAAACCUCUGAAAAAUCAAGGGUUUGGAUUUGGGGAUUGGUUGGUGAAUAUUUGUAUUCAUCUCUCAAGCUAAACAAGAAAACCCUUUAAAAGUUUCUGUAGCAAAACACAACAAGAUCAAAUCAUGGGGUGAGGUAGAAUCAACUCAAUCCCAUUGGACUCAAACAACGAUAGAGCUUGCUGCAGAAUGAGGGAAGAGGGCUCUACAUCAAUUAAUACAUUUCAUGCAAAAACACUUCUACACUGUAAGAAGAGAACUGGUCAAACCAGCGUGAAACAUGUUCACAAUGAGCAUCAAAAAUUGUGCCAUUUGAAAUGGCAAUGCAGUUUAUUUUUACUGGUGGUUUAUGAUAUUUUCCCCUUCUGGAUCAGUUGCAUUUACAUUUUUACAAACAAAUGUUUUCCAUCAAAUAAACCAUCUAUACCAGCAAAGGUAAAACCACUAGCUGGGUCAGAUAAAGGAAGCAUUCAUUUUCAGAUGAAUUAGAUACCUGCUUUACAAAGUCUUAGUUUGUUACCCAGGACACUGUAAUUAUGAUGUAAUUACAAAGGUCUAAAUUCAAAAUACUUUUGAACUUGUCUAUGUAAUCUCAGUGUAAAAUAAGGUACCAGUCUAAGAGCAUUGCUGUAGCCAUGCCUAACAGUUAUGAAUUGUAUUUAGCCACUGCUUUCUGAUUGUUUAUUGUUUUGCUAUGACUUUCUUUGAAUAUUUUGUUGUGCCCACAUUUGUUAAUGCCAGCAUUGGAAAGUAACUGCUGUCAUACAUUUGUGAGUAAAAUCAAUGUACAAUUUU